UACAUACAGUAUGGGCACUGGCGUCGGCACCUUUGAUGUGGAUCCCAGGUCACAUGACUCGCCGCCAUGUUGUGGAUUGGAAAGUUCUUUUGGACACCUAUCAUGGAAUAAUAAAGGUACCGGUUCAUGUAUACGGAAUCGGAACGACGGAACGAAUUUAUUAUUAGAAAUGAGUUCACUAGCAUUUCGUUCCGUAAGAAAUUUUUCUACUGUAUUGGAACCACCAGAAUCAUGGCCGAAAUGGUAUAGAAACGAUUCGGAAUCAAUGGAAUGUCAUAUCGAUUGCACACUAUGUCGAUCCGGCUAUUGUUGAUGAUUGAGAAUUUGACAACUUCGAAGAAGAAAAUUAAUAAUAAUUUUUAUUUUUCAAUAAGAAUUACGACAUAUUCUUGUUUUACAUAUACGUAGU